AUGCGCACAUUAAAAACAAUCGAUAAUUGAUUUUUAUUUUUCAGACUUGUGAUGGAUUAGAAAAAGUAGACAGAAACAAAAAUCAAUUCGCACACUCAAUCAAUUGCCAAAUUUUAUCGAAGAGCUCACUCUCGAUUACUGAACUUUAAAAAACUAAAAAACGUAUUUGAAACCAUUCGAUUUUAUUGACCAACUUUGAUAUUUACUCGGUGACCUGAUCUGACCAAAUGCCACGAAAUUUGACACGAGUUUCCAUUUUGGCAAUUUAUUAAACCAUCAGAAAUAUUAGUAACAUGUAUCAGUUUUUGCUGAAUUUAUACAAGCAAAACUCAGACUGGCUCGCCGAGCCAUUCAUGCUCGCAUUUCUUGCGUAUUCGAUGAUAGCAAGUGGAGUCAUUUAUUAUGCAUUUGCAUUUUUAGUCAAGAUGCCUGCAGCAUACGGGCGAUUUGCAGAUGUGUUUCAAACCUCGUUAACAAUAAACCCGAAAAUUGGUUGGAUCAUACAAGAGGCCCCAUCGUUUUUAAUCGCUGCUUUUUACCUACUAAAGGCAGAAAUCCAACUGUUUUCCUCUACCAGCCGCAAUGAGGUACUUCUAAUGCUUUUCGCAGUGCACUAUUUUCACCGAUCUUUCAUUUUCCCACUAUUUACAAAACCUAAGCGUCAAAACCCCAUUAUCACUCACUUACUUGGCCUUAUAUUUUGCACUUGGAAUGGCUAUUUGCAGGGCGCUUCCCUUGCGACCAAAAAUAUCAGUUCAAACUCUACCAUGUACUAUCUUGGCUUGGCUCUAUUUUGUAUCGGGGCCUUUAUCAACAUCAAAAGUGAUUAUUAUCUCAUUAGCCUGCGAUCAAAACGUGACAAAAUUACUAGAAGCAUGAACGAAAAAACGACAAGUAAGGAGGAAAAGAAGAAAGGCAGUAAUUACAUAAUGCCAGAGGGUGGAUUUUUCCAGUUCGUUUCGUGUCCGAACUACUUCGGGGAGACUGCCGAGUGGUUAGGCUUUGCCAUUGCAUCGGGUAACUUGGAGCAGUGGGCGUUUGCGAUAUUCACUUUCGCCAAUUUGGCCCCCCGGGCUGUGCAGUACCACCAAUUUUAUCACUCCAGUUUUAAAAACUACCCAAGAGACAGAAAAGCCUACAUUCCAUUCAUAUGGUGAUCUCAAUCAAAUCAGCCAGACCACUCAAAACUUUACACCAAUGCUGAAACCUUCAAAAAUAAAUUCCUUAAAUUGUAUUCAGUUGUAACUAUUUUGAUAAAUACA